AACAUUUAACAAGGCUCUACAUCCUUUCCAAAGCGUCCUCGUCAAACCGUCUUCAUAACAUUUAACAAGGCUAUACGUCCUUUCCAAAGUGUCCUCGUCAAACCGUCUUCAUAACAUAAGACAAGGCUCUACGUCCUUUCCAACGCGUCCUCGUCAAACCGUCUUCAUAACAUAAGACAAGGCUCUACGUCCUUUCCACAGAGUCCUCGUCUAAACGUCUUCCUAAUGUGUGGCUUUCCUUAACAUCCUUGCCAGAACGUCUUCACAACAUGUGGGCAGGCCUUCUGAAUUGGGCUUUCCUUAACAUCCUUGCCAGAACGUCUUCACAACAUGUGGGCAGGCCUUCUGAAUUGGGAUGUGCCCCUAAUUUUGAUAGGCAGCUUGUGUCCCCAAAUAAAUGUCCCAGCAAUUUAACAGUGUCAGUCUUGGAGGAGUUUUGAUGCUGAGGAGACGCAACACAGUAAACUUUUUCUUCUCAGUUUGGAUUUCUGGUGAGUAUCUUUAUACUAAUCCAGAGUUGUAAAAUCUUUGCAAGGACAUACAGACUUUGAAUGUGUGGUCAAAUUUAGCUCCUGCUAGUCUAGAGGUGGCUUUACUAGUAACCUGUAAUAACAUUAAGUCCUUACCUCUUGGGGUUUGUGAAAGGUGUAAUGCUUACUAAAUACUUGAUUUUCACCUGUCCACUUAUUUCUCCACAGAAAAAGGUUGACAAUGAAGCGCUGCCCGUUGUGCAGAGUUCCCUAUGCCAAUCGCUCAGAGCACCUCAGGAGUGUGCACGGGAUCACAGAUCAUAAACAGCGCAUACUCAUGCUGGGAAUGGCUUCAGGAAGGUAAGUGAAACGCACGCAAACGCAAACACACUACAUAGGCUGCUGAUUGCUGUGCUGAAAAUGUCUGACUAUGUUUGUUUAGAUACGCAGGCCCACUAGGCUGCCCAAUGUCAGAAUGCCAUGGAAAAAGCUACGUCCGCCUGGACCGGCAUUUAAGGGUUGUGCACAGUAUGGAGGUGGGUAUUUGCACUUUUGUAAAAACAAUUGCUGUUGCUUUGCAGACCCGGUAUCAAUAAAUUGACUGCUCUAUAAUGUAAGUUGUUCAGAUGCCACAGAUCUCACCCAAUGUUCUGUGUUCACAGAAGGAUGCCAGGAAGUUGCUCCUGGAGGAGACCAAAAAAAAAGCAAUUGCAUCCCAACUGUCUGCCAUGAGGAAGAACAAAACGCCAGCAGGUUCAGCCAGCCAGCCCCCCACCCCAAAGAAGCACAAAAAAGACUUUGGUUUGUAAAGUAAUAAUGUACUCUUAUCAAUUACUCAGCCUGCAUUGCCCUGACAUUUCAGUAACACUCUGUUCGUUCUUCUUCUUCUCUGGUUUACAGAGUACCUGAUAGUAAAGUUCUUGAGGUCCGGGCCGAGCAGGAGGGGUAAACGGCAACUUAAGAAGGCUGUGAAACAUGUCAGGCGUUUUGUACAUCACAUGUGGGGGAUGAAAAGCCCUCCCCCGUCCCACCUCAUGUUUUUAAAGAGGACAGGGAAGGUCUUAAGGUAAAUGUUGUUAUUUUGAUUUGGCUCUUAUGGUUUGGUAACUGCUGACAUCAGUGUGACACUCUUGCUUUUUCUGUUUGUUAGGUGGAUAGCUAAGCUGAAGAGGCAGAGCCUGGCAGAAACCACAAGGGGCUACCUGGUAGCCAUCAGGAGGUUCUUGACGUUCCUGAGGCGGGAGGACUUCUCCCAGGUAAUGGUGCCCUCUGUCACUGGAAAAAGCACUGUAUGAAGGUUCUGUCUACAGCAUGUGUUCCAGGUCCUCAAUGUAUGACUGUAUUUCUUCCUCAGGUCCGUCUGUCUGCAGCACAGAUAAUGUCCCUGGACAGGGUGCUGAUAAGAGAGCUCUCCAACCUUACAAAGCAGACCGGGACCCACCAGCAGGGAGAGGUGCAAUCUGAAGAUGGGAAAAGGCAAAAAACAAAUUCCCUGGAAAAAAGCAGAGAGGAUGAAGCUGCCAGGCAGGUCUCUGAAGCCGCUGAAGAGUCAGAGGACAGCACCUCCAGUACGGCUGGGACCUCAGACCAGUCUGAUGAUAGCAGCUCCGGGACGGCUGAGACCUCAGACCAGUCUGAUGAUAGCAGCUCCGGGACGGCUGAGACCUCAGACCACUCUGAUGACAUUAGCCCCGGGACGGCUGAGACCUCAGAGCCACCACCAGCUCGUGUUCCUGGGUCCACUAGCUACUCAAUGGACACUGCAGAGCCUGUUACAUCUUUUGUUGGUUCACCUCAGCCACCACCACUGCAGCCUCAGCCGCCAAUACCGAGUGAGGUCAGUGAAAUGGAGCACACAUGGGAGGCCUUAGAAGAGCCAGAGGACAGCAGCUCCAGGACGCUGAGACCUCAGACCGCCAAUACCGAGUGA